UGGCGCCUCCACUUCCGUAUUCCGGCGUGCUGCUGUUUCAGGGCGGACUAUGGCGACCCAGGAAGUCACUCCAGGCAGCCAGUCAGAGGAAAGCAGUGUUUUAGACCUGCCAUCAGCUUGUGACAUAAGAAACUACAUGCUGCAGAGACCCAGCCAAGAGGCCCACAGCGAGGCUUUUCUUUCUGUGGAGGCCCUUUCUAUUCCUACCUCUUCUGAUGUGGAACCAGACACCAGUAACCUAAAUACUGCACAAAAUGAUUCCUGGCACUCCGAGAAUUUCUGGCUUAGCCCUUCUGUGAAAGGCCAACCAGAGACCAAGACAGAGGAUGACGAACUUCGGAAAUCCCUGGAUAAAUUCUAUGAAAUGUUUGGCCAUCCACAACCAGCCUCUGGAAAUCUACUCUCUGCAUCUGUCUGCCAGUGCUUGUCUCAGAAAAUCGAUGAACUGAAGGGCCAGGAGAGCCAAAAGUACGUCCUUCGUAGUUUUCAAAUGGCCCGGGUCAUCUUCAACCGGGAUGGAUGCUCAGUCUUACAGAGGCAUUCCAGGGACACCCACUUCUACCCACUAGAAAGAAGUGUGUCUUUGGAUAAUGAAACACCGACUCCAGGACUUUCCAAAGAUAUUAUUAAUUUCCUCUUGCAGCAGAACGUGAUGAAAGACCAAUAACUGGUGUCUGGUGGUGAGAGCAGGCCAUAUGGGGGUAGGCCUGUGACCAAGGCUGUUGGUGCCCCACUCAGAUCCCCUCAGGUCUCUCUUGCCAGUUCUGUGUGCCCAGCCCCCAGCUAAGUGCUCUGCAUCUGUGACCAAGUACUGGACAGGGUUCAGCCCAUAGAGAGAGCCAUCGGUGUCUGGGAAUUUUAUAGUCCCCAUGGCCAUACUCCCUCCCACCCCACUACCAUUCUCUUUGGCCUGAGGCCAGUGGCUGACUGAUUUGGGAGCCCAAAAGCCCAACUUCCUUACCUCAAGGAGAGACUUGCUCUCAGGUAGAGUUUAUGCUCCAAAGUUCCUCUCCAGAUCUCGCUGAGGCUGGGACUUCACACGAAGUCACACUCUUGCUCCCUCCCUCCCUUUCCCUGGCCUCCUCAUCCCAUUUCCUUACCGGUGUCCCCUAGGAACUUUUCCUUAAUAAAUCCCUCAUGCCUGAAUCCUUGACCCAGAAUCCACUUCUAGGAGAACCCGACCUAAGAGAACGGACUUCCAUCAGAUGAGUUUUCGAAGGGAACAAAACUCUAUGCUGAACCAAGAAAUAUACCAAGUUGUAAAACUGCCAUGUGAUCAAAAAACGUAUGUCCCAGAAUAAUACAAAGAUUUAAAUAUGAUGCCAAAAAGUGCAUCACAUCUUAAUCAUAUCCUUGCCUCUCUGACUGGAUGUGGAAGGAACAUUUGGACCAUCUAAAAUAACAACUAAAAUUUACGAAUUAAAAAAAAAAAAGAAAGUCUCCUGUUUCCACCAGAUAGCAAAUGUGAAAGGUGAGGAAAAAACAAACAUGCUCCACCCACCAAAGUAUGCACAAGCUCAGUUGCGAUAAGCUAGAUGGAUGCCAUGUGGCCCUGUUGGUUUGUGAUGGAAGAGAAAAGAGAAUGCUUUGCUCAAGUGAACUCAUUCGCUCAUUAUUUUUGCCUUCUGUCGGCCUGCAGCCCGCACCUUUUGUCACCCUCUGAACAGUUGGCCCCUCACACCUGUCCUGUCCUGAUUUCACCAAAAAUAUCUUUAUCUAUUUUUAAACAUUUAUUUUUCAGUUAUAGUUAACAUGUGAUGUUAUACCAGUUUCAAGUGUAUAACAUAGCAAUUAGACAUCUGUAUAACUCACAAAGUAAUCACCCCAAUAAUACUAGUACCCAUCUGACACCAUACAUAGUUAUUACAAUAUUAUUGACUACAUUUCUUGUGGCUUUAAAUUGCCAGUGCAAACUUGCACUAGCAUAUGCUCUGUUCUGCAGCUGUGUCCUGAAUCCCCAUUUGUGACUCGGUUGGUAGAAUGACAUCACUGGCACCAAGCAACCCGAAACUGUCAUUGGAAACCUCACACUAAUCCCUACCUCAACAGUUCUCCAAAUUACAUUGAUAGAAAGGGUUAUGUCACUUGUUGGGGGGCAGACAGCAAGAGAAGCUGGCAACACUGUACAGUUAGAUAUGAAGAAACUUUAGUUGAAAUUUAGUUGGCAGAAGACACCCUAAGCUUUCCAGAAAUUGGAAAUUGGGUUAUGCAAAUAGAUCAGCUUAAAUAUGUACAUUAAGAGUGAGUGUGCCCUCUCAAGCAGGUCUUUGGGGACUCUUGGAUGGAGAGUGAAGCCUUUUAAAGGUCAGGAAUUGCAUAUGAAGGCUUCCAGUUCUGGGAAGAUCAGACAUAAGAAACAGUUCCACAUUGAAAGGCAGAGGCACCACUGGAAGGAGAGACAAGACCUAAAUGGUAGGAAAUAGUAAAUGAAUAGGCCUCUGAGAGAUACUUGAGAAAACAAGCCUCCAGAUUUUCAUCUGAGAAGCAAUCUUUCUCCAUGGGCUGCUCCUAUUCAACUGGCCCCCAAAUAGUUGUGAAAUAUAGACUUAUAAUUGAAAAUCUAUAGGUUGAAUUUUAAGGUCUGUAGCUUUAUUGUUUUUUUAACGUGAAGCAAAUUAAUAAAUGUCGUUGAAGAACGCUGUAGUUCUUAGUAUUAUUCCAUCACCGACAUAUUGGAGAUUAGUCUCCAUGGCUACCAACAGAAGGAAGCCGGAUUAUUUUAUACUGUUUUUAAAGGACAAAAGAUACAAGCUAAAUGAAUCUCCAUGCCAGAAAGCAGCAGCUUCUAUUUGACAGUGAGAUUUUAGUAUCAGUGAUUUUGUAAUCUUUAUUAACAUCAGUGCUGUGGACACUAAGCCAGAGGCUAGACUCUGAAAGCAGAGAAUUUAGAAGUCAAAAAGCCAGAAUCACCUGAGGGUAAAAAGAAAAGAGUGUGGUGUGUGCUUGUUUGUAUCUGAGUAAGUGCUUGUGACAGGUCAGUACGUGAUAUUUGAUUCUCUGCAAUCUCGCAUCUUAAUUUGAUCUUUAUGGGGUCAGGGUGGCAUUCUGUUUACCUUUAAUAAAGACUAAGAGGUAAGGAUAUUGAGGCUCCAGCCUUUGGCAUUAUUGUCUAAUUUUGCCCUACAGAUCUUUUCACUGACAAAUUAUCAUCCUAUGAAGGUUCUGACUGACUUGUGAUAUCCCCUGUGGCCCUUUUGGAGGUCUUGGGAGGAUGGGUUUGCUUGCAGGAACAUCAAAACUUCAAAGAAAACUGCUCCCAGUGUUUUAAGUUUGUGUAAAUAUUAUUCACUUCAUUAGUCUAUUUUUUUUGCAUGACCUACGUAAGGGCACAGGUAAUAGAUCUUAUUACCAGUAAUAAGAUGAUACAGUGAUACCUUUAAAACUUUAAGGCUUACUUUUAAAACUUUUUGUUGGAUUAUAAGUGAACAUUGCGAUGAUUUUCGCAAACUGAAUCCACCUGUGCAAUCAUCAUCCAGCUCAAGCAACAAAUAUGACCAGCCAGCCAAGGCAGCCCUCUUCUGAGUGGAGAUUUUCAUCUGGAGAACUGAAAAGAAGGGUUUUGCUCAGACCAUUGUUUCUCAAAUUGCUGGUAGUACACAAAGUAAUUUUAGGUGCUGCAUGGACAAAUGAUAUUUAUUCUCAUUGUUUUCCAUUUAGUUUAAUAUGUUAGAAAAAUAUAAGUACUAUGUCUAAUCUGUGCUUUUACAGAUAUUACAUAGGAUAAGUCUAAUAUAAAUAUUAAAAAUUAAAAGUGAAUUGAA